CCUGUGUGUACCACUGCCACAGAGGAAGAAAGGGACGGGGGUUAAUAACAGUGCUGUUGUGCAUGCAGCUAGCAAAGAAGCUAGUAAGGUGGCUUAACUUUAUGGUUGUAUAAUGUUUCAGCAUCACAUUGCACGUAGAUUACGUACUGCUAUUUCGCUAAAGUUUAGUAUACAACUUGCUGCCCUUCGAAAUGGGAGGCCUGCUACUCACGCGUGUAGAAGGCUGCCAUUGAAGACCGAAGAGUAUUUGUAUCACGCUGCCAAAAGGUCGUUUCUCAAUGAUACGGCUAAAAAGGUAUUUGGCUUUAUUUUGUCUUCUCACUUGUCAGGUAGAUAUCUCUACUUCCAUUCAAGGGAAUAAUGCCCUAUUAGGCUAACUACGUAUGUUUUUUGUUGUUGUUGAAUGAAGCUAUGUUAGCUAACUAGCUAGCCUAGUCCUAGUCUAGUAGUGGCUCUACGUUCGAUAGUUCUGCACUCGAUACAUUAGCUAUGCCUGAUUUAGGCAUGAUCUGCACUGGCUUGGUUGUGCAAGUGCAUUAACUUUUGAAAGUGCGUUAGCGAUUCAAUUAAUCUCUACAACCCCUAUGCAAAUUGCGUUAUGACAUAUUUGAUCAGACUAUAAGAUCUCAUCUGAAAGAUAAUUAAGCAGUGGACCAAGUUAUUUUAAACUGAUUAAUUAUUUGUUCUAGUCUAAUUGUAGCAGUUUCAGGCAUUGCAUGGAAAGAAAUAGCCUAGUUUCUCAUUUGUGUCUCUCUCUGCCCAGGUACAGCCAGCCUCUGUACAGCAGAUGGUCCGCUGCUUCUCUACGUCCUCCACAAACCACUCUGAGGGGAAGCUCAUCUAUUCAGGGAACCUCGGCAAUGUUGUCCGAGGUAUUACUUUAAUCAUUAUCAACAAUCUCUCACAAUCAUCAUCUUCUCAUUAUCAUCAACUCCAGAUCAUCAACAUUAUUAUCAUCAUCAUUGAAUAACUAGGCCUAAACAUGAAUUGUAUUUUUUUGUCUGUUUGUUGCAGGUGUGAAGAUGUUCUCCUACACCAGUAGCGGGGCCAGCCUGUGUAUGAUGCCCUACAUUCUUCUGAAGACUGGCAUCAGUGUUCAGAGUCUUGUCCUGAAGGGGGCCUUCUGUGGUGUCAUUGGGUUCUUCACAUUCCUGACUCCCAUCCUCCUCCACAUCAUCACCAAAGGCUAUGUGGUUCGCCUGUACCACAACCAGGACACUGACACGUACACAGCUGUCACCUACAACAUCCUUCUGAUGGAGAAAAAGACUGUGUUCUGUCAGAGUGAGGUCAAGAUACCGGGUGUCAGCAAAAUGUUCACCACGUUCUAUGCCGACAAGAAGUCAAUGCUUGUGAAUCCGAUGCUGUUCCCACUUCCUCAUGACUAUAACCACCUCAUGGGUUACGACCAGCCCUUUUCAUUUGAUACGGAAGACUUGGAUGGUAAACCUAAUAAAAGUUAA